ACCUAACCAAUAACACAACACCACACAACAACAAUCUCUCUCUUUCUCUAGACUUUCACAAAAAACCCCUUAAAAAACAAUGGAAUUAGAAACAAGAACAACAACCAACUCCGGCGUCUCAACCGGAGCUCCGGCGAUCACCAAACGUCUCUGGCACAUCAUUCGUCUUCUCUACAUCACUCUCCGCAACGGCAUCUCCAAACGCAAACUCAUGCUCGACCUUCACCACCUCUUCCACCGCGGCAAGCUCGCCGGAAAAGCCUUCACCAACCUUCUCUCUCUCCACCACCACCACAGCACCACCUCUUACGGCGGCGCUCCUUUCUCCUCCUUCUCCUGCCGUUUCAUGGACCCCAACCUCUCUUUCUAUGAUCCCCGUGAAGUUGAGUUCAGCUGCAGUAACACUCCGGUGAAGCGUAAACACCACCGUCACCACCACCACCACCACUUCAACGCCACCGACAUCGCCAGAGUAUUUGAGUUCUUGAAUGAAGACAAUGAAAACCCAUCAACAUUACCUUCUCCAUCUCCGUUGUGGCCUUUCGGCAAAAGCCCGGCCGGUGUUCGAUCUCUCAGGGUCACUGACUCACCGUUUCCGGUGAAGGAGGAUGAAGUUGAUGGCCGUGUUGACAAAGCAGCUGAAGAGUUUAUCAAGAGGUUUUAUGAGCAACUCCGGAGUCAACCUGCCGCCACGCCGGAAUACUCUUAUUAUAAUUAUCGACGCCGGACUCCUCUUAUUGGCCGGGCUUGAAGUUCGCCGGAGUUGUAGCCUGGUCUUAAACUCCGGCCAACUUUAUUGUGUGUUAUUACUCUUGUUGAUUAAGUAUAAACUAGUUGUCACAUGAAAAUUUUAAUAUCAUGAUUAAUAAUAUAAUGAGAUGAGACUCUUUCUUGUUUUUCA